CCGUCGUCCCGGGCGGGAGCUGGAGACGGCCGGCGGCUGCUGGACGAAGAGCGGGCGCCGGGAGCGCCGAGAGCGCGGCUGGGCGAGGCGGGAGCGAGGGCGCUGGCCUGGCCGCGGGCGGGGGCCGCCGCCGCCGCGCCGCUGCCCCCCUGUCGCGGGCCGGGCCGCGGCGCCGAGCGCGAGGGCCGGGCUCUCAGGGCUGGCGGCCAUGGGCAGGAGCCGGAGGCGGCAGCGGCAGCGGCGGGCCCCGCGGGCGGGGAGGCGCGCGGCCCACGGCCCCUGACUGUCCCUGGCGGCCCGGCGCGACCCCGCGCUCCCUGGGGGGCCGUAGCCUGGCAACGCCCGGCGCGCCCGCCCAUCCCCCGCUGCCCUUUUUCUCCUGGCCGGGUGCGAGGGAGCAUGCCCGCGCCUGGCCUCGGCCAGCGAAGAGUUAACCUGAGGGGCGAGCCGCUGCCCCCACCUCGGGGGCGUGCCCCCCUCCCCCGCUAGGCGGCCCGCCCCCCGCGCCAGGGUAUGGCCCCCGGCCCCGGCCCGGGACCCGAGGUCCCGCGCCCGGGCCAGUGAAAGGCGUCUUCCGGUUCCCACCCUCCGCCUCCUCUCGCCGGCCAGCACCAUGGGAUGUAAUAUGUGCGUGGUCCAGAAACCGGAGGAGCAGUACAAAGUGAUGCUGCAGGUGAACGGGAAGGAGCUCUCCAAGCUGUCUCAGGAGCAAACUCUGCAGGCCCUGCGCUCCUCCAAGGAGCCCCUGGUGAUCCAGGUGCUGAGACGCAGCCCCCGCCUCCGGGGGGACAGCUCCUGUCACGACCUGCAGCUGGUGGACAGUGGCACUCAGACCGACAUCACCUUCGAGCAUAUCAUGGCGCUGGGCAAGCUGCGUCCGCCCACCCCGCCCAUGGUCAUCCUGGAGCCCCCCCCCAUCAGCCAUGAGUAUUAUGACCCGGCGGAAUUUAUGGAGGGCGGCCCGCAGGAGGCAGACCGCUUGGACGAGCUGGAGUAUGAGGUGAGCCGGGUGGCCAGGCCAGGGCCCGCAGCCAGCUGUGGCAGCCGCCCCGACGCCUGCGUGCCUUCCUGCCCAGGCCUGACCCCGUGGCCCUCCCGGCACGUGUCUGGCUGAGUCAGGGAGGGUGCGGGUGAGGUUACAUGUUCUGUCCAUGUUGGUGAGUCCACGUCCCAUGCAUGUCUGUCUUCUGUGUCCUGUGCCUGUGUGUGCCUCGCGCAUUUCCUGGGAGGGAGACCACUGAGUACAUGCGCCACCUGGGAUGGAGGUGGAGCUGUACAAAAGUAGCCACCGGGACAAGCUGGGCCUGAUGGUUUGCUACCGCACAGACGACGAGGAGGACCUGGGCAUUUAUGUCGGAGAGGUAAAUCCCAACAGCAUUGCAGCCAAAGACGGCCGGAUCCGUGAGGGAGACCGCAUCAUCCAGAUUAACGGUGUGGACGUCCAGAACCGGGAAGAGGCGGUGGCCAUCCUGAGCCAGGAAGAGAACACCAACAUCUCCCUGCUGGUGGCCCGACCUGAGAGCCAGCUGGCGAAACGGUGGAAGGACAGCGACCGGGAUGACUUCCUGGAUGACUUUGGCUCUGAGAAUGAGGGGGAGCUGCGUGCUCAUAAACUGAAAUCACCCCCUGCCCAGCAGCUCCGAAACGAAGAGGAGAAGGGGGCUCCCGAUGCAGGCCCAGGCCUGAGCAACAGCCAGGAGCUGGACAGCGGGGUGGGCCGGACUGACGAGAGCACCCGGAACGAAGAGAGCUCUGAGCACGACCUGCUGGGGGACGAACCCCCGAGCUCCACCAACACCCCGGGAAGCCUGCGCAAGUUUGGCCUGCAAGGGGACGCCCUGCAGAGCCGGGACUUCCAUUUCAGCAUGGACUCUCUGCUGGCCGAGGGGGCGGGGCUGGGAGCUGGCGACGUCCCGGGCCUCACAGAUGAGGAGUAUGAGCGCUACCGCGAGCUCCUGGAGAUCAAGUGCCACCUAGAGAACGGCAAUCAGCUGGGCCUCCUAUUCCCCCGGGCCUCCGGAGGCAACAGUGCCCUGGAUGUCAACCGCAACGAGAGCCUGGGCCACGAGAUGGCCAUGCUGGAGGAGGAGCUACGGCACCUGGAAUUCAAGUGCCGCAACAUCCUGCGGGCGCAGAAGAUGCAGCAGCUGCGUGAGCGCUGCAUGAAGGCCUGGCUGCUGGAGGAGGAGAGCCUCUACGACCUGGCGGCCAGCGAGCCCAAGAAGCACGAGCUGUCUGACAUCUCCGAGCUGCCUGAGAAGUCGGACAAGGACAGCACCAGCGCCUACAACACUGGGGAGAGCUGCCGCAGCACCCCGCUGCUCGUGGAACCCCUGCCCGAGAGUCCCCUGCGGCGGGCUGCAGCCGGCAACUCCAACUUGAACCGGACCCCUCCCGGCCCCCCUGUUGCCACCCCCGCCAAGGCAGCUCCUCCACCGGGGAGCCCCGCCAAGUUCCGGUCCCUCUCCCGGGAUCCUGAGGCCGGCCGGAGGCAGCAUGCGGAGGAGCGCGGCCGCCGCAAUCCCAAGACCGGGUUGACCCUGGAGCGCGUGGGCCCCGAAGGCAGCCCUUACCUCUCGCGGCGCCACCGCAGCCAGGGCCAGGAGGGCGAGCACUACCACAGCUGCGUGCAGCUGGCCCCGACGCGAGGCCUGGAGGAGCUGGGCCACGGCCCCCUGAGCUUGGCCAGUGGCCCUCGGGUGGGCGGGGUGGCGACCGCGGCCACUGAAGCACCGCGCAUGGAGUGGAAGGUGAAGGUGCGCAGCGAUGGAACCCGCUACGUGGCCAAGCGGCCCGUGCGAGAUCGGCUGCUGAAAGCCCGUGCCCUGAAGAUCCGGGAGGAGCGCAGCGGUAUGACUACCGACGACGACGCAGUGAGCGAGAUGAAGAUGGGCCGCUACUGGAGCAAGGAGGAGCGGAAGCAGCACCUGAUCCGAGCCCGCGAACAGCGGAAGCGGCGCGAGUUCAUGAUGCAGAGCCGGCUGGAGUGCCUGCGGGAGCAGCAGAAUGGCGACAGCAAGCCCGAGCUCAACAUCAUUGCCCUGAGCCACCGCAAAACCAUGAAGAAGCGGAACAAGAAGAUCCUGGAUAACUGGAUCACCAUCCAGGAGAUGCUGGCCCAUGGCACACGCUCGGCUGAUGGCAAGCGGGUCUACAACCCUCUCCUCUCGGUCACUACUGUGUGAGCUGCCCCGGCGGGUGCACGGCCCAGGCCCAAGGAGCCCCCUGGGGCCCCAGCCCUCACUCUCCUAUAGAGAUUAUGUGUGUGUGUGCGCGUGCUCGCUGUGCGCAUGCACACACCUCCCCGUCUAGGUGUGCGCACAGGGCUUUGUUAGCAGAGAGAAGCCCCUGAGGAGAAGGGACGCUUUUCUUCUUUCUGCCCAAGUAAAGUGACGACGCUAGUGGCCAGUAUUGGGGGCACACCUGUAAUGGGCACCCCUUCGGCUGUGCGUGUGCAUUUCCCAUUCCCCAUGCUCUUGCGUGUGCUUGCACGUGCACGCACACACAUACCCAGUGAUCUCUCCACCCGACCCGUGUACUUGCAGACAGGGAAGUUGAGCUGAAAGGAGCACAAGAGAGUGUCCGGCUUCGCUGCUGAGCUCGGCCUCUCCCCGCUGCAGUUAUUUGUAGACAAAGGCACCCCGAUUUUUGUGGUUUUUCUCCCUUUCUGUGCUUGCCAAUAGUUGUUUUGUUUUGUGGACCUGACCUGGGGGCUGGCAGCUCCUUCAGGCAGCCUGGCAGAGGUGGAACUCCCCCCUCCACUGAUGGCUGGGAAGGGAGUUGGGGAGGAAGAUCGGGAGGGAGGGCUGGGGAUGGAUGGGAGGGAAGGGGAGGGAAAGGUGGGAGGAAUGGGAAGCAGCUGUUCUGGUGGCUUCCACUCUGAGGUGUGGGAACGGGGAGCUUUUGGGGGGCACCUGUUUCCCCAGUGACUGAGAGAGAGCAAGACUGCAGGAACGGAGGGGUCUUGCAGGGUGUCCACUAAGAAGUCCCAGAGCCCGUUCUGUGUCCCACACCAUCUGGAGCAGGGGCUUCUCUUCUGAGUGAACUGAGGAAGGUGAUUAGAAGGGUCUAGAAGCCAAGCCCCAUGAGCAGCAGUGGAAGACCUUGGGCCAUGCGGCCUGGAGAGGACUUGGUGGUGAUCCGCAACCUGGACCCCAGUGAGGUGGUGGGCUGACUGGGAAGUAGAGGCCCCCAGCCUCCUCAGGAUUUUCACGUGUGAACUAGGCUGCCUGGGGGUGCCCCUCAGGCUUGGAGAGACCUGGAUUGGAGGCAGACAGGCUGCACCACCCCUUCCCCCUGCAUCUCGAGAAUAAAGCAAAAGCUGCCUUUGUACUUGGUUGAA